AUGAGUGAGAUUUCGGAAGUUGAAGAUGAAACAACUGACGGUCCAACAGGUGGACCUCAAAAAGUGCUGGAUAACCAAGACUCGGACGAAGAUGAGUUUUUCGACUCAAUUAGUGUCGACGAUGGUUUUCUAGAAGUUAACUUGGAGGACAUUCCAAGAGUGGAACCCGAGGAUGAUGUCUUUUCGGAUCUGCCGGUGUCGGUGAUGGCGUGUACUCCAGUGCAACAGCUUGAGCUAGAAUACGAACGUGUCAUGCAAUUAAAAGCUGAAGAAUUGAAUCUUGAACCCGCCGUUUAUAUUCAUGAAGGGAGCGAAACGUUAUCACAACUCCGGGAACAACUCGCUUUGCUUCCGGAUAUCAAAGAACUAUCUCCGAAAUGUGAUAUCGACUCGGCUGACGUUGGUGAAUCUGGAACGAGCACUCCAGAAGACGAGCGAAAAUUGCGAGCGGUCCUGAAGUAUCACCGAGUCAUCUUUCUGGGAGAUGGGAAUGCAGUUCCAGCUCCGGCGCGAGGUGUGACCUGUGAUUUGGAUGUCGGAGAAGCAAACCCCGUCGCUCAACGUCCCCGGUCUGUUGCACCACACUUAUCAAUCAAAGUGUAUAAAUUGCUGAAGAAACGUUUGGAAACCCGACUCGUCGAACAUUCAGAAUUAUCAUGGGCAUCUCCCAUUGUGAUUGUCCUCAAGAAAAAAUGGUGUGGAUAUCCGAAUGAUGUCAUGGGGUUCAUGAGUUUGGAUAUGGCUAGUGGAUUUUGGGCGAUCAAGAAGGCCGAACGAGCAAAGCUGAUAUCGGCGUUUAUCUGUCCAUUUGGACAUUUCCAAUGGACUCGCAUGCCAUUCGGACUCAAGAAUGCGCCACUGAUAUACCAGUCGGUUAUCAACAAUUAUCUGUGGGGAUUUGUGAGACUGCCUCUGCAAGAAGAAGCAGAAGUCGAUCAAGAUGUCUUAGAUUUUCUAGGUUUGGAUUCUACAGAUAAUCAAGAAUCUGAAAGUGGCGGUCCAAGAGACGAAGUGAAGGGACUCGCAGAUUCAAUGACUGUUUUCCAAAGGAACAUUCUCAUGCCUUCACAUAUUGGCCCAGUGCUAGGACGCAGUUCUUACAUUGAUGACAUUGCUCAUGGUGCGAAAAAAUGGGAUCAACUUUGUGAGGAUCUGGAUAUAUAUCGCGAGUUUGGGAAACAAUCGAUCCCCUAUCCGUCACAUGAAAUUAGUGCAGAAGGUAUCCGAGCGACCCCAAAUAUUGCGAAGGGUGUUACGGAUAUACCGUUCCCCAAAUCCCACAAAGAUACGUCAGGGAUGAGACCUUUCACGGCUCAUGAAUCUUUUGAACUGCUCAAAAGGAAAACCGUAGCGACGCCAAUGUUAAGACAUCCGGACAUCCAAACGCCAUUUGUGAUAAUUUGGCACGCGAACCGUUGGGCUGCUUGUGCAGUCGUAGGACAAGAAUACGAUGGAAAGAUACAACCUGUUCGGUACACGGGACGCUCUAAGUCGGCAGACGGGAGGUGUGUUCCUUGGGGAGUCAAGCUCUCACAUUGGGAUAUCGAAAUUCGAAAAGUCCAAAAGGAUGAAGACGGACUUGCAGCCAUCAUGGGUGCAGGGAUCACACCGCGAGAGCAUUUGGAUGAGGCCGUUGAAACAUUGAUCCCUCUGAAAGGUCAUGUUCGAAGGCCCCCAGUAGUGAGCGUUGAGAUGUUGGGAAGUGAUUUCCAAGGCGUCGUUCUGAGUUUCGACGGUGCCGCAAAACUUCUCCACUGGUUGUGUGUUAUGGCAACUACCCGGUUGGAAGCGAAGGGUUUCCUUUUGGAGAAUGUCACGGUAAACGAUGCCGAGUACCAUGGACGUCUCACAGGACUCGAGAUGGCAAUUGAAAUGAGGCUGCAAGAUCUGGUAGCAGUUGGGGAUUCGCGGAUUGUUAUCCAACAGGUCCAAGGACUGAUCAACUGCAAUCAACCGCAUCUCCAAACACAUCUUGCCAAAGUCGAGGUACUAAAAAAGAAGUUCGGAUCGUUACGUCUGGUCCAUCUGAAGCGGGAAAACAAUCAGGCUGCUGAUUAUUUGACUACAAAGACUUUGAUUCUUGAUGAGUCAUGGGACGUUACGGACACGGCCGAGAUUGCGCAUUUGGAACACGUGUCCAAAAUCGCAGAGAAACUCAUGAAGGUGGAAGACUCCGACAGGAAAUCCGGAGUUGAUCCAACUUAUGGGGAAAUUAUGUCGAGAGACGUCGAACAGCCUACUGCAGAGUCAGCUCCACUGACAAAAUCAGCCCGCGUGCUCGCAGCAGUAACGUGUUCCAGAAGCCAAGCCGAAUCUACUUCGAGGGACCAACCCAUGGACCCCUUGGAAUUUCAAGCUGAACGAUGGCGACGCAUCCGAGUGCAUCAGGAGGCAGAUGAGUACCUGUCGGAGAUUAAAGACUUUCUGAAGGAGGACUUCGAGAAGUUUUCGCCCAGAAGACUGAGGAAGGUCGCCAUAGUUGCCGACCUGUUUGUACUUGACACUAGAGAUGUGUUGUACCGACUAGCUCGGUCGACCCGUGGUCGCCCGCGUGACUUUCAGGAUGAACCCCGACUCGUCGUUCCAAAAGCACUCAGAGACGAUGUCUUACACUAUGGUCACGAUGAUGGUCACCAAGGCAUCACCAGGACCCAUAAGAGGUUAUGUUCAGAAUUCUAUUGGCCUGGCAUGUACGCGAAUGUAGAACAUUUUGUGAAGGAGUGCGUUGAUUGUGCGAGUGGAAAAGGAAAACCUCCAAACGCUGGACCAUCGCCUGGGAAUACUGAACCCCGACGACCGUUUGAAGUGGUUUCGAUGGACUUCGUGACGCACAUGCCGACGUCCGACCGAGGGAAUACGUUUUGGCUACUAUUCCAAGAUAUGUUUUCUGGAUAUAUGGUGUGCAAACCGAUGGAUUCAACCACCGCUCAGGAUGUCGCGGAAGCUUACGAGGAACGUGUAUUCCGGAAUUUGGAUCGAGGUCAAUGA